GAUGCAGUCAGUAUUUAAAUGUCACUUUUACAGGAGGGAUGAAGAUCACGUACGGCCUCAACCUCAAUUUGCCCUGUGUUGUCGAUGGCUGGCCACGGGCUUCAAUCACCUGGACUCUGCCCAACGGUCUUGUUUUGGACAAGCCUCAAGCCAUCGGCCGGGUGUCUUUUCUGACCAACGGGACGCUCCAGCUAAGGCAGGUGGCAACCUUCGACAAGGGAACCUACAUCUGUAAAGCGUUGAACUCCUUCGGCUCUUCGACGCUGUCCUACCCGGUUGAAGUGAUGGUUUUCCCGCCGCGGAUCAUCAGCACGAUGAGCGCCAUUACGAGAGUGAACCGGGGAUCACCGGUGACACUGAAGUGCGUCGCUACCGGUAUUCCCAAGCCAGAUAUUUCGUGGACAUUGCCCGGACGCACGACGCUGGUUCCGCAUCACUGGUUCACGGUGCAGGGAGGGAUCCACAUGACGGAAGAGAGCGGUCUGGUGAUCCAGAACCCUGUGCUGACAAACUCUGGCAUUUACAAAUGCAACGCAAAAAAUGCACUCGGCACAGACUUCAAAUCUACGUAUUUACAAGUAGUCUGAGUGACGACUGGGGGUUUCUUCUGUGACGGAACGAUUACCACAGAUACAAGACUGUACGACUGUAUUUUUCCAACCGGGAUCAUAAUAAAAAAAUUGUACCUAACACUUUGGAAGAAGACUUCACACUGCCCUGCACUAAAGGUGGUCCAAAAUGACCUUUGGAGCAGAUGGUGCAGUGACUUUGACGUCAUCGUGGGCACAGAUCGUGUGUCGCUCUCUGCUUCAGUGCGCGGUGGAAACACGAUAUUAAGAAUUCAUUAUAAUUAACACCAAGUACCUUCAAUGCUGAAUUGUGUGACAUCUCCGGGGGGGUUGGAGGAUGAAGAGGAGGGGCGGGGUUUGUGACGAUACCGAAGCUCUAAACAAUGUCCAAAAUGGAAGAUUUUAUAACUUAUUAUCUGUGAUAUAAUAUUCAUUCUAAACCUGUGUGACCUCCCGUCUCACAUUGAAUUUAACCAGAGACAUGGCUCGCGGUCCAUGUAACUGUAUAUCAGUGGAGACGAUGUUUAAUUUCGUAUCCUACAAUGAAUUCACCGCAGACAUAAUCUGUACUUUACAAACCCGUGGAACCACAGGUUUGGUCGGUGUGGAUUGAUUGGAGUGACACGUCCUUCUGUGGAAUAAACUGGAAUCUUUUGCGAGGUUGAACCAGUAGUUCU